ACGACCUGACGCUCCCUCAGACUUGUAUUUUUCUUUUUCUCUUUUGGGGCCUGGGUCUUUGCCCCUUGUGUCCCCGAAAGGAGGCAGCCUCCUACCCCCAAUCCCACCCCCGACGGCUCCAGAAACCCAGAGAAAAUGCAGGCCAUCAAGUGUGUCGUGGUGGGAGAUGGAGCUGUGGGAAAAACCUGCCUUCUCAUCAGCUACACCACCAAUGCCUUUCCCGGCGAGUACAUCCCCACCGUAUUCGAUAACUAUUCAGCCAAUGUGAUGGUGGACAGCAAACCAGUGAACCUGGGACUGUGGGAUACGGCUGGUCAGGAGGACUAUGACCGUCUGAGGCCCCUCUCCUACCCCCAAACGGACGUCUUCCUGAUCUGCUUCUCCCUCGUCAGUCCAGCUUCCUAUGAGAACGUCCGAGCCAAGUGGUUCCCCGAGGUGCGGCACCAUUGUCCCAGCACCCCCAUCAUCCUGGUGGGCACCAAGCUGGACCUGCGGGACGACAAGGACACCAUCGAGAAGCUGAAGGAGAAGAAGCUGGCACCCAUCACCUAUCCCCAGGGCCUCGCGCUAGCCAAGGAGAUUGACUCUGUGAAAUACCUAGAGUGUUCAGCGCUCACCCAGCGGGGGCUGAAAACCGUCUUCGAUGAGGCCAUCCGGGCCGUCCUCUGCCCCCAGCCAACCCGGCCGCAGAAACGUGGCUGCCAACUUCUCUAGAGGUGCCAUGGGUGCCUGUUAUGACCCCUCUCCCCGGCUCCUCCACCCCCAGAUGGAAACGAUGACUUCCCUGCUGGUGAGACUUCUCCUCCCCAAUGCAUUGCUGAGCAGACGUUAUCCUUGGUUGUUUAUCUUUUUCACCGGAGAUAUUUCUAGGUCUGAGUGUUCACCUUCUUCCUUGAUCUUUACCCCUCUGCUCCAGUUCCAGUGGGAGAGGCAGAAAGAGACAAAUAAAACUUAUGUUCUUUUA